CUUUGGAUUCCCAAACGCGUCCACGAGCAGGACGAGAACCUGGAUUCAGAAUGCGCCUAGUGUGCAUAAUAUGUCCUUGAAUCGCAAGUAUGUGAUCGCAUCCGGCGUUGCGGCGAUCACCGCCUGGAUAUUUUUCCUCGACACGAGGCUGCGCUGGAUACCGCUGGCGUUCGUACUCGGCGCCAUCAGUGCUGUCGUUGGAACGUUAUUUGUGGUCGCAACAACAGCGCAAAGAUCACCUCUGCAGACUCAAUCAAUUCGUAUCGAACAUGGUCCACGCGCGCCCGCGUUCACAGCCCGCCACCGGUGGGAGGAAGAAAAAGUCGGUGUGAAGGGAAGAGAAGAGUAUCGGCGGCCAGCUAUAUUUCCGGAGGUCAUUCGGUUUUCCAAAGCGGUGGAUGGAUUACUAGACUUGGUGUUGCGUGACUUCAUCACCAGCUGGUAUGGAAAGAUAAGCCCGCGACCACUAUUUCAGCAUGAGAUCGAUCGAGUAAUCCGAGCGGUCCUGCUCUCAAUAAUCGCGCGCCUCACUGAGAAGGAUCUGGUGGAGAUUGGAGUCGCAGGGCUAUUGCCCGUCGCUACGAAUCAUCUCAAGGAAUUCUACGAUGCCGAAAGGACUGUCCGCGGCAAGAACCUGGCCAACGGGAUUCCUGAGAGUGACGAAGUGAGCAACGCGAUCGCAAGCAAGUACAGAAAUGGCAAGCUCCACGUGGUCGCAUCUUUAGCAUAUGCCGACACUGCGAGCACCGCGCAAGAGUACCUCAGAAAGCUAAUACAGAAGCUCUUGCCCAAAGUUCUGCCCGCCAACAUGAAAUCUAGCCCUGCUGUUCUUGUUCUGGUCCGAGAGAUUGUAGCAUGUGCUGUGCUUGCGCCGAUAAUUAAUAUGCUAAUAGAACCGGAUACAUGGAACCAAAUCAUCGUGAACGUUGGCGGUGCAGCUCUUCGAGAUCGAAAGACUGUCCGACGAGUCAGAGCUGCUCUUGAUGAACAUGCUCCAGCUUCACCUCGGCCAGCGCGCAAAGCUCAGUUUCCACAGUUGCGUCCGUACGACAAUGAACGCCAAUUCGAACGUUUCAUUCGCGCUAUCAGACAACUCGAUACGCUGACUGAUGCCCGUCGACACCGAAGUGAACUCGUCGCUCAGCUCGCACGCGACUCUGUCGUGAGUGGCCAAGACGCAGCCUAUCUUCGUCGACUCGAGACUGGCAAGCGACUCCUCGACCAACAAAUCACACGUCUCACUUCGACCAAGGGCGCCUCAUCAGAUACCGACUCAGCUGCAUCUUCUGCACGGGUCGACUUCGCUGAUCGCAAACGACAGGCAUCUUUGCGCGAAGUUAUCUACAACGCAGCAGGUCUCAGUUUAUUCAUGGAAUACAUGGAUCGUCACAAGGCCACCAAAAUGGUUCAAUUCUAUCUCGAAGUAGAUGGAUGCCGCAAUCCGCUCGAAGGUGAUGAGGACGAGGUAUCUCCCACCUCCUUCACUGCUUCAGACCGCAUGAACAUGAAGCACAUGUAUGAAGACUAUUUAAUCCAGCCUGAGUUGAACGCCCCAGAACGAACACUGCAGCCAGUCAAAUUGUACCUGAAAGCCGGCAGUGCAGCAAAUUCCCGCGACUAUGUGGCAGCUCGCCGGGGUGUCUUGCAGCACCAGACAAGGAUAUACAAUACUAUGAAGACAGAACACUUCGAGGCCUUCAGACGAUCAGAUCUAUAUCAAAAAUGGCUAUCGAUAAAUGAUCAGCCACCAAUGUCACCUGUACAUGUUCCAAGAGUUUCCACGCCGCCCCUUGGAGGAGCCCGGCUCAGUUAUUCUGGACAACUACCGCCACGGAGGCCACAACUUGCAGCAUUGCACAAAGACUCCGAGCUUCGUCGAGCUGUACUCUCUACGUCGGAUCUGAAAUCCCUCGGGAGCAACGGCGAUCUCUUCUCGGACGCUCCCCGACGAUCUCUAGACGAUGGCAACACACGGCCCGCAUUAUUCGGCGAUGACCUCGACGACGACCCGAUGAUCAAAUCAACCUCGAGCCUAAAAAGCUACGAUUCCGACGGCGAGCGGGCUCAGCGCGCGCAGGACGAAGCAAAAGCAGUGAGUGCCAUGCAACUUGCUCUCGAUGAUAUUGUUGGUGAUGAAGAUCGGGAUUCUCUCUUCGCCGAUUCCUCGGCGAGAAAUUCACUGGACGAAACGGACAGACCAAAUCCUGGCCAAGGUGUCUCAAGACCAAUUCUAUCGCCUCAGGCAUCCUCAAAUUACGGCAAGCCGAACAUCGCCUCACUUGGGCUUGUCGGAGCUCCAUCGAAUAGAGGAGUCUUCGUUGACGAUCUAUUCGGCGACGAAGCACAAAAGUUCGCUGAAGACGAGAAAGAGGAUUCUGAUGGUACUACCGAUCCAGAUGAUGAGGGCGUGCGAGAGGCUGCUCCAGGCGACCUCGGUUUGGCCGAAGCAAUAGACGCCCUCAACGCAGAUAUUGAGCGACUCAAUGCUCAGCGGAACGUGCUCGACUCUCUCACGGCCAAAGCGGAGCUGACCAACAACACUGCUGAGCUACGCAUAUUGAAGAAAUCGGAACAAAGCUUACAGCGUGAAAUAAAGCGUAAAGAAAUGCAAAAGCAGCAAUACGUUGUCCAAGAAAGCGACAAUAGUCUUUUUGGUCGUGCUGCAGUGAGAAUCAAUUCCGUCAUGGUCGGCAAAGAGGACGACGGGCAUGAAUUUGCGCUUUAUGUGAUUGAGGUGAGGCGGAAAGCAGGUGACUCAAUGCCUGCAGCUGUGUGGGCAGUCACCCGACGGUACAGCCAAUUCCAUGAGCUGCACAAGAGACUCAAAGCGCGCUUUCCAGCAGUAAGAGAGCUUGACUUCCCGCGUCGUCAAGCACUAUUCACGCUGCAGAAAGAUUUUGUUGAGAAGCGCAGAGGGACCUUGGAACGCUACCUUCGAUCACUACUCUUGGUGCCUGCAAUCUGUCGCAGCCGUGAGCUACGAGCGUUCCUGUCUCAAGCUGCCAUUGCCUCCCACGGCAACGACACCAACGCCGAUGCUAAAGACUUCGUCACGAGAAUCUACAACUCGGUGUCAGACGGCAUGGAAGAUUUCCUCGGCAACCUUCCUGUUCUGGACCAAUUGUCCGUCGCAGGUCAGAAUCUUAUAUCUGCAGCGACGGCGCAAAUCAGCGGCGGCGCCCCAAUCGACAGUCUAGAUCCAGUGGCACAAAACCCGUCCACUGCAGCCGAGGCCGAAGCCGAACUGAACGCCUACGAAACCAAAAAGUCCGAACCAUUCGUCAAACCUAUCUGCGAUCUCUUCCUCGAAGUCUUUGAAUUGUCAAAGGGAAACAGUUGGCUUCGAGGUCGGACCGCCGUCGUCGUUCUGCAUCAACUCCUGGGCGGCACGAUCGAGCGUAAGGCGCGCGAAACCGCCAAAACCGCCCUGGAAGAUGACAAGCUUGCCGGUUACGUCGAGAGUCUGAAAGCUACCAUGUGGCCAGAUGGGAAAAUUCGUCCCUCGUCCGCACCUCGCACUCCGGCGGAGAAGGCUCGCACGCGGAAGGAAGCCGCUCUCCUGCUUGAGGCCUUGAUGCCGGAUGUUGCGGGAAGUGUGGUCGGCAAGUACAACGCUCAAGCGGCUGGCCGCAAACUCGUUGCUGUGCUGAACAACCCUCGACUGAAUGCCCACCUUGUGUUUACGCUCAUAGAUGAGAUCAUGCGUGUCAUUUUUCCCGAAAUCAUGAAAGGUCAUGAGUGAAAUGAAAUCCAACAUAAAUGAGUCAUGGCAUCAUAUCAUACAAUCACACUGAUUCCAUCAUCAUUCUCGGCUCCCCCUCCGUGUGGCCAACAUAUACCAGUGAUCGUGAUCCUUACGUUGUCCUUUCGGAUCGAUGCAAUUCGACAGAUGCAAGAGAUGUCCUCGCCGUCCACGUAG